CGGCAGCCUCGCCCUGGCCGCCCGCCGGACGAUGAGAAAACUAAGCACAUGUCUCUCAACCAAGUCUUGAACCACACUGGUUAAUCAUAUACAAUAAGAUGGCAAAAGGAGGCAAACUAACCAAGCUCAAGUCAGCAAACAGCUCAGCAGCCGCUCCACCUACGGCGGCUCCGUCGUCACCGCCGCCUCGUCCUCAACCCACUCUUCCUCCAACGAUGACUACUCCUCCUCUUUCCACAACAACAACGACAAGAUCUCCAAAGCCCCCCACCCCGUCUACGUCGGCAAGUCUCGCCGUCGCUACCUCGUCGGCUCCGACGUCGUUGACAACCCCGUCUUCCAGGAGCUCGUCGAGAGGUCCGGCGACAACGAUGGAUUCAUGUUCCUCUCUCUCUCUGCACCUGGGCUCUCUCUCUUCUCGGUGGAUCACCACCGCCGACCAUGAUCUGUGGAAGUUUGGAAGCAACUGCACAGUCGGCUCGCAUGUUUGUUGCUGAUGGUGGUGACCACGGCUGCCUUGAAGAGCAGUGUGCGAACUGGAACACGUGUAGCUGGUUUCUGGUCGCUGUGGAUCACUGGAGGGUCAUUCCUUCAGACAACAGUUGCCUCUUCAAUGCUGUUGGGUAUGUUAUGGACCAUGACAAAAACAAAGCUCCCGAGUUGAGACAGGUUAUAGCUGCGACAGUGGCAAGUGAUCCGACACAAUAUUCUGAAGCAUUCCUUGGGAAGCCAAAUGAAGAGUACUGCACCUGGAUUCUUGACCCAGAGAAGUGGGGAGGUGCCAUAGAGCUUGCAAUAUUAGCAGCUUAUUAUGGACGUGAAAUUGCAGCAUAUGAUAUCCAAACCUUGAGAUGCGAUUUGUAUGGACAGGGAAAGAACUAUCAUGAAAGGGUUAUGCUCAUUUAUGAUGGGCUCCAUUAUGAUGCUUUGGCUAUGUCUCCAUCUGAUGGAGCUCCAGAAGAGUUUGAUCAGACAAUUUUUAUGAAGGAUGGAACUGUUGGAAUGGUUGAACGGCUUGCUCUUAAUCUUGUUAGGGAACAACAAAGGAAAAGAAGUUACACCGACACUGCCAACUUUACUUUGCGAUGUGGGGUCUGCCAAAUUGGAGUCAUUGGCCAAAAGGAAGCUGUAGCAAAUGACUUUAAGCUAAGGCUGUCCAUCCUUCGUUGUUAGAAGGAUCGGCUCAAGACAGUGUAGAAGUACAAGUGUUUGAAGGAAC